AUGGCCAAAGAUGUAACCCAGUCGAUCGCCGUCAAUCCGACGGCGGUCUUCCACCGUUCAUUGACCAAGACGUAUCCAAAAGCUGUCCACGGUGAUGGCGUCUACCUGCAGGAUGAAUACGGGCGACGAGUGCUUGACGGCAGCAGCGGUGCCGCUGUCUCUUCUGUGGGCCACAACAACAGGAAAGUUAUAGAAGCAAUCGUGCGACAGGCCGAAGCAAUGUCUUUCGCCCACACCUCAUUUUUCACCAAUGAUCCGUCCGAGGAACUGGCUGCCUUGAUCAUCGCGAAGAAUCAUGGGGCAUUCUCAAAGGUCAUGUUCCUGACAUCAGGCUCUGAAGCAGUCGAAUCAGCCCUUAAACUGAGCCGGCAAUACCAUGUGUGUAACGGUGAUCCCAAGCGUAACAAAGUCAUCGGGCGUCAGUAUGCUUAUCACGGAAACACUCUCGGAGCUCUGGCCGCAGGCUUCAACCCCCAGCGUCGGGAGACGUUCGCGCCAUUCUUGUGCGACACUGCUUUCCACCAUGUCUCGCCAUGCUCAUAUUCCCGAGAUGCCAAGGACGGGGAGUCCGCCAGCGAGUAUACCAAGAGGCUGCUUGCUGAGUGGGAUCGGAAGUUCCAAGAACUUGAUCCAUGCACCGUCGCAGCCGUCAUCAUUGAGCCGGUGGGAGGAGCUACGCUUGGGAGCCCUCCAGCAGCCGAAGGCUAUCUUGCGGGCUUGAGGCAACUUUGCGAUAAGUACGGAGCCUUGCUUAUCUACGAUGAAGCUAUGUAUGGGAUGGGCCGCGUGGGAACGUACCACGCCUGGGAAGCCCUCGGCGGCAUACCGCCAGACCUCCAGGCUAUCGGCAAAGGGUUGGCCGAAGGUUAUCAACCGCUCUCUGCUGUCCUUUUGAACGAGAAAGUCUACACCACGCUUGCCGAAGACAGCGUCGCCCACCCCUUCGUGAGCGGACAUACCUACCAAGCCCACGCUAUUGGUUGCGCGGCAGGGUUGGCUGUCCAACGCAUCUUGACUGAUGAGAAUCACGACCUGCUAGCCCACGUCAGGAAAAUGGGAGUCGUGUUGACUCGGCUUUUACGGACGUGCCUGCCUUCGGAAGUAUUGAAAGAUAUCCGGGGCCUAGGUCUGUUCCAGAGCAUCGAAUUCGCUUCCGUCGACCGCAGUGGCCGGCCUCUGGCAAAAGAGGUAUCAGAACUAUCGUUUAUGAAUGGUGCGGCAGUCUAUCUAUGCUCUAGUGCUGUGGAUGCCAUCAUGCUCGCCCCGCCGUUCAUCAUCAGCGAAGAGCAGGUCAGGGAAUUGGUGGAUGUGGUUGUCAAGUCAGUACGUCAAGUUCUAGAGCGACGCGUAGCUGAGGAAGUAUAA